GCAGCCCGGAAGAAGGAAGCAGUGAGUAAAAAGAGCGCCUUGAUCAAAAGUGGAGACGUUAGCAGAAGGUUCCUCCUCCUCCUCUUCGUCACCAUGAGUUUCUUCUCCGGCCCGUCCGGUCCUCCCGGCUGCACCAGUAUCCAGGAGCAGAGAGAGCGCUGGGAGAGGAAACGCAGCCGGACGGCUAAAGAGCUGGUUCAGACCGAGCAGAGAUACUGUCAGCAGCUGGAGCUCAUCAACACGUACUUUGUGGAGCUCUUAAAGGCCAAAGGGACCCUGAAGCCAGACGUUCGAGAAAACAUCUUCAGUUCAAUUAAAGACAUCCAUUCAGUGAAUCAAGCUCUGCUGGUCCAUCUGGAGAACGGUUACUACGGUCGAGGUUUCGAUCAGUUCUGUCCACACCUGAACCACUACAACACCUACGUGGACAACAUCUACAACUCCAGCAAAGUGCUGCGGAUCCAGCUGACGAAGAACAAAGCUUUCAGACGCUUUAAGAAACUUCAGGAGGAGCGACCACAGUUCGGCGAACAGAGACUGGAGGAUUUGCUACAACUUCCUGUUCUGAGGAUUGACCAGUACAAACACUUCCUGCAAGACCUGGCUGCCAACACGAGUCCAGAUGUCCCCGAGUUUCAGCAGAUCUCCAGAGCCGUGGAUGCUGUGUGCGAGACGUCCCAGCGUAUCCAGGACAAUACUCGGUGCCAUGAGAACCACCUGCAGCUGUGCCGGGUGCAGAAACUGCUGAAGGGGCGAAAGACGAAGGUGUUUGCUGCAGGGCGCUGGUACAUCCGUGAGGGCUGGCUGAAGAUGGUUCCUCAGAAGGGAGCAGAAGCUAAACCAAAGAUGUUCUUCCUGUUCUCCGACAUUCUGCUGCAGGCCAAACGCUGCAGCCCGCUGCAUCCCACCAACGGGGACAAGUUUGCCGGCCAGCACGCCUACCCUCUGCACGAGUGCAGCGUGGAGAAGGUGUUCGGGCACACCAGGAGCCAGGGAGGCCUGCUCAGUCUGACCUUCCCCAAAGCCAAACUGCUGCUGAUGUCCAACAACCAGGAGGAGCUGAACGACUGGUACCUGAGCCUCACCUCUGCAGUCAGGAAGCUUCAGAUUCAAAAAGAAGUUUAUCUCCGAGACGACCCCAACAGGAGACCCCUCCUCUCUGAGAGAGACGACACACACACCAACAGGAAGAGGAACAUGGUGAGCUUUGAGACCACUGAGCAUGCUCACAGGUCUGCAGCAGAGUGGGAGAGCAGCGCCCCCAAGAGGAUGAAGCCGUCUGACGCUGCAGAGUACAGCAGCGAAGAGACGUCGUCGUCCAGCUGUGUCAUCCUCUGAGCCACCAACUCGCCUUCUUCUGCAGACGGUGACGGUGGCGAUGACUGACGGUGGACGGUCUCUGUCACAGACUGAUCUUUAAACAGGAAACACAAGACAGACACAACCUGCUGCUUUACGUCUGUCUGUAUCAUGUCUAUGAUUAUUACUCACAGCAGCUUCUGCUCUUAAUGUGCAAUAUCAACUUUUAUAAACUUUAUUUAUCUGCUGCUUCAAAAACCAAAAAUCUGAAAGUUGAUCAGAGACGACUGAAGCUGCCGCUCCGCAGCGUCAAAUACUACGUUUAACCUUCAGUAACUAACACGCACUAACUACUGAUUACUACUUUAUACACGUGGCAGUGAACGCAUCAGCUGCACUCUGUACGUGCGUCAUGAAGCGCUUCGAGACGAUCAGCGAGCGGGGGCGGCGGCGUUCUUCGAGUGUGUUAAAUAAUUCCUUUUUGUCCACAGACUCAAACAUCGUCAGCAAACAUGACGCAGAAACGAGAAAAAGAGUCACAAAUUAAAAGAACAGGAAAUCAUUUUUUUUGUAUUAAUUAAAACGUCUUUUUGAAAAUCAGAUAAUUGACUCACCGUCUGAAACUUCAGAACGAGAAAAAACAGAUUUGAAUCAACGACGAAAUGAUGAAAUGAUCUCUAACCCUACUUAUCCUCUCUGAUUCUUUUAUUUUGAAAGAACACUUCCUGCUGGAUCAUUUGUUAGUGACUCUUUACGUCGUCUGACUCUCAACAUGUUUCUAAAUAUUAAUAAACAACAACAAACCGCGGAGGUUAGCGCACCGCUGUCUCUUUAAAUCCACAGAUUUUAUAUUAUUCUAAAGAGGAGAGAAAUCCUGGGAGAGUUUAUGAAUCCUUUUAUUAAAUCUUUUAUUAUAACUUUUUAUAUACUUCAUCAUAUAUAUCUUUUAUUCACGGUGCGGUCUUUAAAGGGUAAACAUUUUUAUUUUUGUUUUUCAUGUUUUUAUUUCUGAAACUGAGAAAUAAAUGUGAAGAAGAGAGAAUAAAAAUAAAACUCU